AUGCUCAAUCAGCAAGUUGGGCUGAUUACAACCUCUACCAUGGUGAGGCCAGUCUGCUUACAUCAUGUCAAAUAUGCUGAUCCAACUCCUUCAGAGAAUGAGGUGAAGAUGUCUACAGUAAUCUCUAACCUGCUGCCAGUAACUGACUCUGAAGAAUUGCAACUGAGGAGAUUGAAUCUUGAACAUCAAAAAAUUGAUUUAGAACUUCAAAAAGAAAGGCACAAAGAAUUACAGCUUCAACUUCAAUUGAAGAGACUCUGUACUCAGAAUGACAGAGCUAUGAUACCUGCAAAUACAUCAGUGAGUUGA